AUGGAUACUUCUGAUUUAAGAUACCCUGUUUGUGUAAAACUCGCAAUGAGAGAAAUUGGUUUAUAUAGACAUAGCGAUUUAUCUCCAUUGCAACAGACAUUUAGGGAAUACGUACAAUUAACCACUCUUUUUGGUCAUGUAACUCCUAUAUAUUGUGUAUUGUUUGACAAGAGUGGCUCAAGGGUCAUUACUGGAAGUGACGACAGGUUAAUAAGGAUAUGGUGUUCAAAUUCCGGUCUUCUUCUCAAAUCAUUUAAUGGUCAUCAGAGGGAAAUCACCGAUAUGACUUUGGACAAAACUGGAGAACUCUUAGCCAGUGCAUCCGAAGACCACUCAAUAAUAAUAUGGAAUAUAAAGAACUAUUCAUUUGUUCAUCCAACUACUAAUGAUUGGUUUACAUACACUAUAAGGCAUGAAAGAUUAAUUAAAAGCGAUGGAGUAAUCAAAAAUUACUUUGGUAAACCAAAAAAACACAAGCCGGUUAAUGCAGUAAAGAAGUCUAUGAUGAAGGCAUCUGCAUUUAAUUACACUGGCUCACAAUUCGCAGUAUCAGGAUCUGAUGGUAUAAUCAGGAUUUUUUCAACUAUUGGUGACCAGUCAAUGUUUGUAAACAAUAGUGGCAGCGAUAUACGUGUAAAAAAUGAUGAUUUUGAAGAAGACGAUGAUCUUGUUCAAAUAAUCUACAAUCAUUUAAAUCUUGAUGACGAGGAAAUUGAAAAACUGGAUCUGAUGAAAUAUCUUGAUUCUUAUGAUCCAACCAGUGAUUUUUAUAUAAAGGAUGAACACAACGUAACUAUUGAAAAUAAUGAUGGAUCAGACAAUUCAGUACAAAUGACAAUCAAUGAUGAAUUAAUAAGGUUAGCCAAACUAUUUAAAGCACGUCACAUUGCAGAUCUUAUUGACCACAAAAAAGCAGUAACUGGUUUAGAAUAUAGUCAUUCAGGUACCCAUUUAUUAUCCGGAUCUCAAGAUGGGUUUGCCAGGAUCUGGAAUUAUAAUGUCAUCAAUAAAAAAUGGGAAUCAAUUGAAUUAGACUGCAGGGAAGGUACUGGAGAAACCAAUAUCACUUCAUCGCGUUGGUCUUUGAAUGAUUUGUUCGUUAUUAUUGGCAGCACAGGAGGAGUUAUAAAAAUCUUUGAUACGUUUAAUGGAAAAUUAAAAUAUGAAAUUAGAACUCAUACUAAUGAUGUUUAUGUGAUUGAUAUUCAUCCUCAUAAUUGGCAAAUAAUAAUGUCUGCUGGUUAUGAUGGAAAAAUAUGCUUGCACAAUAUUCUAACUGGCGACACUUUAAUGUCCUGGGAUCGUAGCAAUAUGUCAUAUUUGGAUCAAGGCAUGUUGCAAUUUUUAGAUGGAAAGUUCAAUCCGUGUGGUGAUAUGUUCUCUGUAACUGACAAUUUUGGAAAAUGUCAUUUAAUUGGUAUUAAUAACUCUUUUCAAUAUGAAAAAUAUAAGGAUAGAUCUAUAUCUGGACAACAAUGUGUCACCGACUCAUUACAAGCUGAAUAUAAUGCUGAAAGUGGCAGUUUCUUUGACAUCACAAGUAGCCAUGUUAUUGAUAACAAUAAAAUUGAUACUAUAUUUGGAUGGAAUGGUGUUGCCUAUCCACAUCAACUAUCUCAUCAAGAAAUAAGAAGAAUUCAUAAUGAUUAUUCAAAAAUUGAGAAUAAGGAGGAUAUUAUCAAUAAACUUGGAGUCCUCAAGGAUGAGGCCCAAUUAAUCACGGAUGGCGCAUAUCCGCUAUCUAUUGUACAUAGGAAAUUGAUCAUGCAUCGCCGAAAGGAACUUGGUCUUUCUGGUGAUGAGUAUGAAGAUGUAGUUGAUUUUAUGGAUGAAGCUUUACCACUUGAAUUUGACGAUCCAAAUAAUGACCCUGAUUAUUACGAGUCUCCUAGUGAUGAAUCAAUUAUUAAUAGUAGUGACAUGACAGAAGAUGAAAAUGCGGGAGUUGAUAAUGCUGUGAUGGUUGAUGAAGUGGUAUCUGAUUAUCGAAACCCAAUGGAUAUUGAAUAUACAGAUGAUGAUGCUCCAAUACCGAUAACAAGGAGUCGUUCAAAAAAUAUAAAGUCACAAUCUCCACAAAGCACCAAUGAGGAUAGUUUUUAUAAUCCAGAAUGUUAUGAAUCUGGUAGUGAAUAUGAACCUCCAGCUAGAGGAUUUAGAACAAGGACCAUGACAAGAAGCAUGAUUCGUGGAAAUUCUUUUGGCGGUGUUAGUAAGAAGAAUAAAAAAAAAAGGAACAUUGAUGAAUUUGAUAGUGAUGAAGACGGUUACAAUAUUGGAAUUAAAACAAGAAAUAUGAAGAGACGAAAACCAAAAAUUAUUUCAUACAAAGAGUCAAGUUCUGAUGAAUUAGACGACUUAUUUAUGAUCGAUGAUAGCGAUUUGCUAUCCACACGAAAUAGCAGUCAAUAUAAUGCAUUGGGAGAAACUUAUGCCGAAAGUAGUAAAGCUAGUAAUGGAAAUAAUCAUGAUAAUAACAACAUCUCACAUCAAGAAGUCUAUUCACUACCCAUAUUUGGUCAAUCACCUAUUUGCGAAGAAGAAAAAGAAAUUGGUCAAAUAGCGUCUCUUUCUAAUACUGGCUAUUUUGUGUUUCCAGAAGAUCCAAUCACGAUUUAUAAAUCUGACGAUUGUCUUCCUUAUAUUCCUAAAGUUGGAGACUGGAUAUUCUAUUUUCCAAAAGGUCAUAAAAACAUGCACGAUAAAGCAGUAAUGAACAACGACAGACUUCUUGAGGAAUUCCAUAAUGCAUAUACAUCAUUGAAGUUCCAAAAAAGAUCACCAUAUGAUAUCAAAGAAAGAACAAUCCGUACGGAUAUUUUUAAUGAAAUAUUAUAUGUAAAUAAUGUUGAAUUCAUAAAAAGUACAAAGACAAUGUGUGCAGUAACUUGCUCAAAAGUCAUGAGGGACUCAACUUUUAAGGAAUUUGAAUCAAAUUUAAAAUCUGAUGGCUGUAUACCCAGCGAGGUUCCCAAUUUCAGAAAAUCAUCAUCAAAAGUAACGUUGAUUUAUUUUGAUUAUCAAGGGCACCCAGAAUUUAUAGUCCCUUACAACAAAGUUGCAACUGGAAUAAAUCAAAAGUUGAAUGUGGGAGAUCCAGUUAUUAUUUCUUACGCAGAUGGUGUAACAUAUCAAGCAACAGUUAUUAAAAUGAUAUAUGAAAAGUCUUGGACAAAUAAUUGGCCUAUAUACAGAGUGGAAUGGUCGGAUCAAAAUAAUGUUACAGAGAAUGAGGAGGAUUCAGAAUUUCAUCCUUGGGAACUAACGCGUAAUGACAAAUUUUAA